UUAAAAGUUUUUAAUAGAAUUUAUCUAAUUUGUAUAGUAAUUUUAUUUGUAGGCUUGUCCGAAUGUUCACAUACAAUUAUGGCAUUAAAUUUACCUAUGGAUUCAUCUUCAGAUUCAAUGGGAACAAAAAGAAGAAGUUCAUCCCGAACAAUAAAGCGAAAAAAAUUUGACGACGAGUUAGUAGAAACAACUUUUAACCUACAACCAACUACUACAACUACCAAAUCUAAUCCCCGAUCACGAACUGUAUCAGUUUCAUCUGGAUUAGAUAUUUUAUCGGCACAAACUCUUCCGAGUUUGUCAACAUCUGUUGUAAUUCCUCAUCUAGACCGCACUAAUCGCAGACCAAGUAGACCUACAGGUUCUAGUGGAAAUAAUAGAAAAAAUAAGAAAAAUAAAAAUCAUCCCCAUUCGAUAAAUGCUACAAAAGACCUAGGGCGAUGGAAGCCAACUGACGACUUAGCACUUAUAACUUGUGUUCAACAAACAAAUGAUUUAAGAAUGGUACAUCGAGGAACAAAAUUUUCAUGUCGUUUUACUCUACAGGAAAUUCAACAAAGAUGGUAUGCUUUAUUAUACGAUAGUGCAGUAUCUCGUAUAGCUGUACAAGCAAUGCGAAAUUUGCAUCCUGAACUAAUUGCAAGUAUUCAGUCAAGAACGUUAUAUAGCAAAAAUGAAGAAGAUCUUUUGGGAACAAUUAAAUCUAUUUCACAACCAAAUUUAGAAGAUUUCCACAAUCUUUUAGAAAUAAAUGGUCAAACUUUUUAUCCUGCAAGAACACCAAAAUCAUUAUUGGCUCAUUGGCAAUUAAUGAAACAAUAUCAUCUUCUUCCUGAUCAAACUGUUCAAAGUUUGCCUAGAGGUGAAAGUGUUUUAAAUUUUUCAGAUGCAGAGGAUAUGAUCAAUGAUUCUGAAUUAGUUGAUCAAAAAGAUGAAAUUCUAUAUGGAGAAUUGCAGAUAAUGGACAGAAAGAAUAAGAAGGAAAUAAGAAUAUUAGAAAAUGAGUUAGGAAGGUGGCAAGUUCUUGUUGAUAAUGUCACUGGAAGCAAUCAACCUGAUUUCGAUAAUCAAACAUUAGCAAUAUUGCGAGGACGACUUGUUAGAUAUUUAAUGAGGUCACGAGAGAUUACUGUUGGUCGAUCUACAAAAGAUCACAGUGUAGAUGUCGAUUUAACUCUAGAAGGCCCAGCAUGGAAAAUUUCUCGACGUCAAGGUACAAUAAGAUUAAGAAACAAUGGAGACUUCUUUUUAUCUUCUGAAGGCAAGCGACCAAUUUUCGUUGAUAGUCGACCAAUUCUUGCUAGUAAUAAAAUGAAGCUCAACAACAACAGUGUUAUUGAGAUUGCAGGUUUAAGAUUUAUUUUUUUGAUAAAUCAAGAAUUAAUAUCUGUAAUAAGACAAGAAGCUGCAAAGUUAAAUUUAAAUCCAUGAACCAAUUUAAUUUAAAGUUAAGUUUAUA